AUGCGUGAACUAUUUUUGGAACAAUUUUGCCCACCAUCCAAGGUGGCUAAGCUCAAAAAGGCCAUCGCCAACUUUGAACAACAAUUGGGGGAAUCAUUAUAUGAAGCUUGGGAACGUUAUAAAGUUCUAAUAAGGAAUUGCCCCCAAAAUGACCUAAAUGUGCAGCAAGAGGUCUCGAUCUUUUAUGAUGGGGUGAAUGUCACCACCCGCCAACUUCUUGACUCUCAAGGCCCUCUUAAUAAGAAAAAUCCAGUGGAAAUUAAGCAACUUAUCGAAGAAUUCUCUAAACACUCUAGAGAAUACCAUAAUCCACGGAAUGAUGUGACAAGGGGUUCGGCAAAUGCUGCUUUAGAGGAUAUGUUAGCGGUAAUGGCAAUGUUGCAAAGCAUGGAUAGAAGAAUGACUAAAAUGGACCAAACAAUCCAUGUUAUUCAGGUUGGGUGUGAAAACUGCAAUGGGCCGCAUUUAACCAAGGAAUGUGACCUAGAUGAAAAUGGAAACCGGAAGGUCCAAGCUUGCUACUCAAGUGGGGAUCGUUUAGAUGAAGACUGGAGAAAGCCUAAGUAUAAAAAGGCCAAGGAAGAAAAGUAUGAACAAAGAGGGAGGGGCAUUUAUCAAAGAGAAGAACCAACGGUUGAGAAGAAAUCUGAUUUUGAGAGUAUGGUCACUCGAUUUGCAGCAGUACCUGAAAAAAGGCAUGAGGUAACGGAAGCAACAAUUAGCAAUCAAAGAGCAACAACUUAUGAUGAAGGAACAACAGGAGAUGAUGAAAAACCAGCAAGCACUCUUGAGAAAUCGGCAAGCUUCGAUCCUAAAUAUAGAGAAACAACUUGGGCAACUAGCUACGCAAUUCAAUGA